AUGCACGUCGAACAACAUCCUAUCGACCCAAAGCCCUCCCGGAAGGGCAAAGAAAGAGACCCGGCUCUGCCACAGCGCGAGCCCCAGCCUACCGAUCUCGACCAGAAACUAACUGCGCUGCGCAGACGCACUGCGGCCACAACCCGCCCCCGAGAUAGGUCUGAACGAGACCGAAUGCAGGUCGCUCAGCCUACCCAGCCUAAUCCCAUCAACAACCCUGUGCAGUUUGCAUCGACGUCCUCCAUCUCACGGAUAGACCGUUCCCCCAAGCUUUCUGUUCCAGCAAAACACUCGCCCUCGUCCCCUCACCGACACGCAUCGCCACAUCUUAUCGUCUCUCGUCCGACACAGGAUGCCGACCAUGAGGACUUCUCCCGAAGACUUAAAAUAUCAUCGCCUGCACCAAGACAUCAGUCAGCGCACAAGCAGAGCUCAUCAUCAAAGCUCUUCAACCCAGAUACCGACCCCAUCCCAAUGCGACGAACUGCCGAGCCAGAGGUCAUGUCAGAUGCGACCGGCAGUUCGAAUGCUAAUGUCUACGCCUCUCGCGCUACGCCAUCGGGCGGGCUCAACCAUCGGGAAGAAAGAGGUCACGCCAACCGUCAGCUAUUUGACCACAGAAAGGAUGACCCUGUUCGCUUCUCCGUGCUAGCGCGGCCUCAACAUGUCACCAACGGUCGUCCAUCCCCGACACCUAAAUCCUCAGGUGAUUACGUUUCUGCGUCAUCGACAUCAUCGUACGCUGCAUCGCUAUCGUCCUCUGCUUUCACGUUAUCAUCAACAACCGAUGGGUCCUCGGCGUCUUCAGCUCUAUUCGAAGGUAGACCUAACCAGGGUCAAGGGACGGAGGACUCCGGUCACAAUAGCCAAUUGUCGGCACAACUAAAGAAACUAUAUCGUUACCUUACAGCCCUCGAAACUAAAAUCAAACAAGAUGACUCGGAAGAGGUCGAUGAUGCAAUGACUUCAAGAGUCAUGCUCAAGGGUAAAGAAGCCGAGAGUGAAGAGGUGGAAAAGGAAAAGUGGAGAAAACGAAUUGAGAUCCACAAGCAGUAUGCCGAAACUGCGCAUUUGCUUCUUCAGAUAUCCUCUGCCCCAUCCGUUCCCGUUUCCCUCCGCAAUAUCCCAUCCAAAUACAACAUUAUCGUUCGUCUUUGGAACUAUGCUUUCCAUAAUAUCCUCGAAUCCCUUCGCCGCGCAUUCUUCACUUCAAAUUCAAUAUAUGCCGGUGAACAUCUUCAAGAAUACAUCUACUACGCAUAUACGUUUUAUUCGGGGCUUUUGAUUGAGUACAACCUUAGCCCAUACAAGUCUGGAUGGCUGGAAGCUCUAGGCGACGUCGCCAGGUAUCGCAUGCACCUAGCGGCCACAGGAAAUGGUGCCGUUGGCGGGCAGGGUGGUCUCACGACACAGGCUGUUUCUGAGGCUGCGACUUCCUCGAACAUAGUUACCAAGGGAAAGGGCAUUGAUAACGAGACCGGUAUUGCUACUCCAGGCUCGCCAGAAUCUGUCAGCGACGCGCCCCCUGCUCGGAUUGACGACAGUCCGUCUCCUAGCAUUGGACCUGCUGCGGCCCGCCUUAUUGAACUGGAGCCUGAGAGAGAGCGAUGGUGCAACAUUGCGCGUGAUUGGUAUGGUGCUGGAUUGGCUGAGCAACCCGGCACAGGAAAGUUCCAUCACCAUCUUGGAGUGUUGUCAAGGGACGCUGAAGGCGAGGACCUCCGCAGCGUUUAUCAUUUCGUUAAGAGUUUGACGACAUUACACACAUUCCCGACAGCGCGCGAGUCUAUCUUGCCCAUUUGGUCCCACGUAGCGCAAGCGCGUCGAUCCGCACCUGAUGCUCGCGCCUCUGAGCUCUUCGUUUUCUUGCAUGGCAUGCUAUUCACCAACAUCCAAUUGGAUGACUUCCAACCAACCCUAGCGCGCUUUAUUGAGCGUCUUGAAAUUGAAGGCGCCGAAGAGCGCGAGUGGAUUAUGAUGGCGGUCGUCAACAUCGCGUCUAUUCUCGAGUACGGCAAGCCCAACAGUGUCUUGCGCAAGAUCGGAUGUGUCGGCCCGAAGGAAGUCAACGGCCCGCAAGUCGUGGCAGCCAUGCGCGUUAUGGCGAAGAAGGCGGCUGGUGGCGCGCCGUCAGCGGUCGACGAGGAAAAAAUGGAUAUCGAUGAUGACAGAGGUGAUGAACCAAUGAAAUCCCCGACGAUUCUUAGUGCUGAGGACUCGCAAACUGCGGAAAACUCUUUACCUGAGCAACCACCUGCUUUGAAGUUCGCCAUGCAGAUCACUUUCGCAAUGCUGUCUCACGUUCUUCGUCGUCCUACACGCAAAUCAUCCCAAUUUUCACCUUCAAACUUGAAUCCUUACCUCACUGUCCUUCUCACCUUCCUUUCCACCAUUCUCAAGCAUAAGCCUACCCUUGACAUUCUAGAACGCAGCAUCCCAUGGGAGGAACUGGCCCUUUUCUUCUCCAGUAUUCCGCGAAAAAUCAUGAUUUCGCAAGGAUUGAUGAGUGCUCCAGGAAAGCCUGACCAUUAUCGGACCAUGGAACGUUGGGUGAUGCUUACCAGUGGAUGCACGCCGCCUUUGAAAGAAGAUUGGUGCUUACGUGGUAUGGAGUGGGUUGGACGCAAAGUAUACGAGCGCGGAUUCUGGAAGAGCGGCGAGGACACAAAGGCCGAACUCGAGGUGCUGGAUACAGCAGAGAGGCCGGAAGCCACCGAUGGUACCAUCGAGGAUGAUGAUGGCGAAGAUGACCGUAGCAAGAAUGGCUCGUCGUCGUCGCACAGUAAGAACAGCGAUAUCUUCAGGCGUUAUGUCAGAAUCGCACGCUCUGCCGUCAACAUCUCCAGCAUUGUUGAAGGUUUUAACUGGACGGAUGGCACCAGGGACUGGAAAGUGGAAGGCAAGCUCGCCGAGAAGGUCAAACUAUGGGAGGAAGAGGACAGAAUCGAGAGAGAGGAGGAGGAGCGAAGGAGGAUGGGUAAACGAUGGGUUGAUGAUGCCAUGGAUGUUGAUGAGGGUGAAAAUGACAGCUUGUCAGAAAGCGAGGAUGAUGAAGACGAUUCUCCGGAUGUCAAGGCACUGAAGGAUCGACGAAGAUAUUUGAAGAGCCUUCUUCAGUCCGCAAAGCGCGAUGGCUCGAUCUCCUCGUAUUCCAGUGGUCGUCCUCGGGCCGCGAGAAGCUCCAGAAAACCUGGAGAUUCUCGUGCCCUGCUCCCUGUCAUCCCCGGAUACACCAUCCUCGUGGUCGACACGAACAUUCUUUUGUCAUCGCUCUCUAUGUUCUCAUCACUCAUCGAGAGCAUGAAAUGGACAGUUAUCGUCCCUCUUCCCGUUAUCAUGGAACUCGACGGUCUUUCGACGAACCCUUCUCAACUUGGCGAAGCUGCCCAGGCAGCUAUGACUUACAUCCACGCCCAUAUCCGCUCGCACGCCGUUUCUUUGAAGGUUCAGACAUCCAAGGGCAACUACUUGACCAGCUUGACCGUGCGGACGGAAGAAGUAGACUUCCACGGAGACAAUGCCGAGAAAAGUAUGGACGACCUCAUCCUCAAGGCUGCCAUCUGGCAAGACGAUCACUGGGUCGAUCGAUCUUCCAUGCUCCAGUCUUGUCCCGUUCCAUCUGGCGACUUGCAAAAAGCCAUCAAAGUCGUUUUACUCAGCCUGGACAGAAAUCUACGUCUGAAAGCACGUUCAAGACAGUUGCCUGCUGCCAGCGAAAAGGAUCUUGCCGCUAUUCUUGCGAUGGCGACAUGA